UUACAUACUUAAUAAUUAAAAAGCAUAUUGUUUUGAAUUUCUGCUUACAAACAUUGUUAUUAUUUUCAAAUUUGGUUAUUACGAUUUCGAGAAAGCUACUGAAUCAAUUUAAUUUAAAUUUCGAAUUCAAAAGAAUUAAAAUUGAAUUCUGUGGAUGAAUGUUACUUAAUUAUUGCCUAAUUAUUUAUAGAAUAGAUAAACGCACAUAAAAAGGUGUUGUAACCGACCUUGCUUUGCGUACAAGAACCUCGUUUUGUAUCAGGGUUUUUCACAAUAUCAUUAAACUAUAAUCAUCGACGCAAUAAAGCUGUAUAUAAGGUACUUUGUAAAUUCUACUAACAAUCAACAAUGACAAACAAAUGAUUAAAUUAAUUUUAAUUAAGUAAAGCUUAUUUCGUUUUUAUUCCUUUCAAUAUAUUUUUAGUUGAUUCAAAUUCUCUAUCCUAGCUACGGAUGACAUUGUCCUCGAACAGAACAAUUUAUCUGUUCGUAAUUACACUUUCCAUUAGAUAUUUAAGUAAUACAACAUACUCGUUAAAGGUCGAGUAUAUACACAGAAUAAACGAGACAAGCAUUAUGAGCAUUUUAUCGCUCAUUCUGAUGCAGUCGUCUCCUAUAAAACAUGGGUGCUUUUUAAUUCCACUGAUCUGUUCUGUUCGAACGUCAUGUCGUUGUUAUACAAUUUUUUACUACUGCAACUGUUUAUUUUAAGCCAUGUUUUUGUACUGGCGACAAAUAAAUUUAACACUAAAGUUGAAAUGAAGCUUGGAACACCGGAACUAAUAAAAAAAUAUGGAUAUCCGUUCGAGAUUCAUAAAAUCAUCACCGAAGAUGGAUAUGUCCUGGAGAUUCAUCGAAUUCCACACGGACGAAUCAAUUAUAAAACGAACUUUACAAAUAAGAAACGUUCGAUUUUAAUUCAACAUGGACUAGCGAGUAGUUCGGCGGAUUGGAUUCUUCUGGGACCGGAUAAGGGAUUAGGGUUCAUAUUAGCAGACGCAGGAUAUGACGUAUGGCUUGGAAAUAAUAGAGGGAACGUUUAUUCAAAAAAUCAUGUUUCGAUCUCGCCAAAUAAUCGACGUUUCUGGGAUUUUAGUUACCACGAACUCGGAGUUUAUGAUCUUCCUGCGAUGAUCGACUACAUAUUAAAUCGAACGAAACACGAAAAGCUCUCUUACAUAGGUCAUUCUCAAGGGACAACGCAAUUUUGGGUAAUGAUGUCGCAAAAGCCUAGCUAUAACGCAAAAAUCCAAUUAAUGAUCGGUCUUGCACCUGUUGCUUUUACUGGUAAUAUACGCGGGCCGAUUACAAAACUUGCGAAAUUAACAUACAUGGGUGUGUGGAUCGGUGAAGCGUUCGGUUACCCGGAAGUACGAUCACGCUCUGUUUGGGAAAAAUUUAUAUCAAAUUUAUUCUGCCAGGAUGACGCGACAUCGCAGCUCUUUUGCACUAAUUUCGUAUUCAUAGUGACUGGUUUGAGUCAAGCAAAUUUAAGCGCGAUAAAUUUAACAACGAUCAUGAAUCACGUUCCUGCGGGCGCAUCUUGGAAACAAGCAGUUCAUUUUGGUCAAGGAUACAUACAUCCUGAUAAUUUUAGGCAAUUUGAUUAUGAUAACGAGCAGAAGAAUAAUAGAGCAUAUAAUUCUUCAGUACCACCAGAAUACGAAUUGAAUAAAGUAAUUGCGCCAGUUGCACUUUUCAGUAGCGAUGAUGACCGACUUGCAACAUCAAAGGAUACUGAUCUUCUUAAGAAGAAACUUGGUAAUGUAGUGUUCCAUAGAGAGAUACUUGGAAACUCCUUUACUCAUUACGACUUCAUAUGGGGAAGAGCUUCAGUAAGAACCGUAUUUGAGCCUAUAUUAGAAUUGUUGGAACAAUAUAAAUAAACAAAUGUAUUACAUUAAUGGUACAAGGUUCAAGAAAUUAAUGAAAAAUAACAUAAAAAAUUUUAUAUACAUAUUCAGAAAUACAUGCAUGUAUGAAUAUAAAGCUAUGUUAAAAUGGCAAAUAAAAAUAAUAAUAAAAAAUAAUUUUAUUCAGAGCUAUUAUUUUGGUAAGCUAAAUUACAAUUCCAUUAAACUCUCCCUUCCCCAUCUUUACUGCACCCUUUACUCCUCUUUCAUUCAACCCUAAACACUGAUCAAUAAAUAAAUAUUUCUGAUAUCUACAUAUGAUAAGUAUAAACAAUAAAG